UCUUAACUUACCCCCGAUCCAACACCCCCGUUUUUGGGACCUUGCUUCCUUCCCCGGAAUGUGAGACAUUUCUGACCACCGGUGGUUCAGUCCCUGUCAAUCACCUAGGAUUCGGGUAUGUGCACAUCAUCCGACCCUUGGGGAUCGACCGACCCCAAUUUUCAUCCACCAUCUAUCGUGGCAUUAUCCUUUUGCUACUUUGAGGUCCCAACAUCCCCACGGAGGCGCGUCAUACCCACCGAGAUAGAUAUAAAGGGAAGAUUAUCCAUCAACAUCCACCAUCCCUCAACAGUCAACACCCACCAUCCCCCUACACUUCAGACCAAACCACACCAAACCACACCCACAACUCCCUCCAUCAAAACCAACAUGAAACUCUCCACCCUCUCCGUCCUCACCCUCAGCUUCGCCGCCGGCGGCACGCUCGCCGCGCCCACCCAAGUCUUAGAGCGCGACCUGCCCACCAUCACCGGCGUGCUGUCCGGGAUCGGCACCAAGGUCGACGCGCUGGGGACGGCCAUCCAAGGCUACGGCGGCGGUGACGUGGCCAAGGUGCAGCAGGCGUCGGACAACCUGGUGGCGGCGAUCAACAGCGGCAACGCGCAGGUCAGCGGCACGGGGGCGCUCAGCUCCGGCGACGCGCUGGGCCUCCCGGGCCCCGUCAACGACCUCAAGAACAAGAUCGCCGCCGUCAUCACCAAGCUCGACGGCAAGAAGUCUCUGAUCGUGCAGGCUGGCAAGGGCGCCCAGACCUACAAUGACCUCACCCAGCAGAAGGCCGCCGCCAAGAAGCUGUCUGACACGAUCGUCUCGAAGGUGCCCCAGGAGCUGCAGGGGUUGGCGGGUACUGUUGCCGGGGGCAUCUCGGAUGCGAUCGAGACGGGCGUGAAGGAUUUUGCGGAUCAGGCGCCCAAGAGUCGGCGUGGGGUUGAGGGGGGCGCUGUUGUGGUUUGAGGAGUGUGUGGGGGGUUGAGCGUGCUGGUUACUAAGUUUGUGGGUGGUUGCUGGCCUGGUGCUGUGC